AUGGAGCCUGAAGAUCUGCCGUGGCCUGGCGAGCUGGAGGAGGAGGAGGAGGCGGAGGUGGAGGAGGUGAAAGAGGUGGAAGAGGUGGAGGAGGUGAAAGAGGUGGAAGAGGUGGAGGAGGAGGCGGGGCCGGGGCCGGAGCGGGAGCCCGAGCGGGAGCCCGAGUUGGACUCCGGCUUAAACUACCAGUACCAGCCACUGGAAAGUACGGACGACGAGGAAGAUGAGGAGGCCAAGGCUUGGCUGCUGGCACGCCCCGGCGUGACUUUUCCUCCAUUGCCACCGCCGAGGCCGCGCUACUCACAGAGCGAGAGUACCUCUUCCGAGAAGGUUGUUCCAUUGACCGAUAAUAUUUGGCAACAGUCAUCUUAUGAAAGUGAUAUUAGAAAACACAUUUCUGAUAGUAAUGUAGCCUCAUCAGAAACAACAGUUCAGUGGGAUUCUGGGGAUGAUCAGAGAACAGAAUCUUGGAAUUAUUUUCCUCAAGAAAUGGACUCUUCUCAAAGCUUGGAUAUAUCACAGACCAGAAUUAACAUUGGAGCGGAAGGGUCUGAAGUGAUAGAGUUCCCGUCUUUGGAGGAAGGUAUAUUGACCCAGUCAGAAGAACAUGUAAAGGAACGAAACAGAAAUCUCUUAUGUUCUCCAUUGCUAGUCAUACAGGAUAACUUUGCUUCUCCUGAUUUGCCUUUGCUGACGUGUUUGACCCAAGACCAGGAACUUGGGUCUGAUUCCUUAUUUCACCAAAGUCAACUAGAUUUUGCACCUCUGAGAGGAAUCCCUGAUAAGACUGAAGACAUUGAAUGGUUUUCUCGGCCAUCGGAAGUUAGUGAAGCUUUGUACCAGGCUACCUCAGAAGUAUCUUCAGACUUAGUUAACAGUUGCUUUAGUGUAUCUCAGCACGUACUUACAGGUAGCACAGCCAUUGGGUCUCAGCGCUCUUUUUUAUCUCCUGAACAAGAGAAUAAUAAAGAGAAUACUUCAUCCAACACUGUUGAUGAACUGAAAAUCCCCAAAGAUUCUGAUAAUUAUGAUGCUCUUUGUUCAUAUAUGUCAUGGAAGACACAAAAAGACAUACAGCAGCCAGGAAACAAUUUUGCUGAUAAAGAUCAAGUUUCAGUUUCAACUUUAUCUGAUAUUAGUGAUGAAAAUAUAGCUCCUAAAAGAAGUGACAGUUUUAAUGCUUCUGGUUUACAUGUGCAUUGGGAACAGGAGCCUUUACAGCAGACAGAACCAAGUCUAACCAAUAAGGACCAUGAACUGCAGGAGAAGGCUGACUCUGAUGACAUUACUAUGGAUAAUGAUACUGAAUGCUAUAGCCUAGAUGAAAAUGAUGUUGUAUGCAGUGAAAGUGUUGCUGACCUACAAAGAGAGCCAAUCAGAGAGUCAGACUACCGUGCUUCAAAUCUCAGAAUGUUGAGGGUGUCUCUUGAUACUGUGCCAAAGACUCCCCAACAUUUAGCAGGAGACUCUUCUGAAGGAAGCAUACCUGAAAUAACUCAAUCCAAGUUGAAAUUGGGUAUCACUACCACUACUGAAGAUUCAGACAUUGAAUCUCAUUUAUCUUUAUACCCUGAGGACUUACCUCAAUUGGCUAUAAGUUCUUUACAAGGGAAUACUAUUGGUCUACACACUGAUGCUCCUAACCAAAUGGCAUUGACCCAUAGUCAUCUAACUGAAGAGAGUCUAAAAGUCUCAGAUAAUUCUGAACCAGCUGACCAGAAGUAUGGGAUGCCAGUAGAACCUCCUUCUUCCUACCCUUACAGGGAGAAGCCCAGUAUUUUAUACCAACAGGGCUUGCCAGAUAGUUAUCUAACUGAGGAGGCACUGAACGUUUCAGCUGCUCCUGGACCAGCUGACCAGAAGACUGGCAUAACAUCUGUGCCCUCUGUUCCCUACUCACAAAGAGACCAGCCUGGUGUUGUAUACCGACAGGCCUUGCCGAGUGGUCAGAUAACUGCAGAGGCCCUGAAAGUUUCAGCUGCUCCUGCACCAGCUGGACAGAAAACUGGCAUACCACCUACAACCUCUCUUCCCUAUUCACAAAUAGACCAACCUGGUGUUUUCUACCAACAAGUCUUGCCAGGAGGUCAGAUACUUGUAGAGGCCUUGAAAGUUUCAGCUACUUCUGGACCAGCUGACCAGAAGACUGGCAUAACUGCAACCUCUGUUCCCUACUCACAAAGAGACCAGCCUGGUGUUUUCUACCGACAGGCCUUGCCAGGUGGUCAGAUAGUUGCAGAUGCUCUGAAAGUUUCAGCUGCUCCUGGACCAGCUGGCCAGAAGACUGGCAUACCACCUGUUACCUCUGUUCCUUACUCACAAAGAGACCAGCCUGGUGUUUUCUACCAACAGGCCUUGACAGGUAGUCAGAUACCUGCAGAGGAUUUGAAAGAUUCAGUUGCUCUGGGACCAGCUGGCCAGAAGACUGGCAUACCACCUGCAACCUCUCCUUCUUAUUCACCAAGAGAAAAGCCUAAUAUUUUUUACCAGCAGGCCUUGCCAGGUGGUCAAAUACCGGCAGAGGUUCAGAAAUUUUCAGCUAUUCCUGGAACAGAUGACCUGAAGACUGGGUUACCAAGUGUAUUGUCACCCUCUGACUUACAAAGAGAGAAGCCUGGUGUUUUUUACCAACAUGCCUUGCCAGGUGAUCAGAUAACUGCAGAUGCCCUGAGAGUCUCAGCUACCCCUGGACCAGGUGAUCAGAAGACUAGCAUACCACUUGCACCCUCUGGUACCUACUCACAAAGAGACCAGCCUGGUGUUUUCUCCCAGCAAGCCUUGCCAAGUGGUCACAUAGUUGCAGAGGCUCUGAAAGUUUCAGCUGCUCUUGGACCAGCUGGCCAGAAGAUUGGCAUACCACCUGCAACCUCUCCUUCCUAUUCACCAAGAGAUAAGCCUGAUGUUUUCCACCAAAAGGCCUUGCCAGGUGAUCAGAAUCCUACAGAGGCUCUGGAAGUUUCAGUUGCUCCUGGACUAGCUGACCAGAAGACUGACAUAUCACCUGCAACCUCUCCUUCCUAUUCACCAAGAGAUAAACCUGAUGUUUUCUACCAGCAGACUUUGCCAGGAGGUCAGAUACCUACAGAGGCCCUGAAAGUUUCAACUGCUCCUGGACCAGCUGGCCAGAAGACUGGCAUACCACCUGUUACCUCUGUUCCUUACUCACAAAGAGAUGAGCCUGAUGUUUACUACCGACAGACCUUACCAGGGGGUCACAUACCUGCAGAGGCGCUGAAAAUUUCAUCUGUCCCUGGACCAGCUGGCCACAAGACUGGCAUACCACCUGCAGCCUCUCUUUCCUAUUCACCAAGAGACAAGCCUGAUGUUUUCUGCCAACAGUCUGUGCCAGGUGGUCACAUACCUGCAGAGGUCUUGAAAGUUUCAGGUACUUCUGUAUCAGCUGACCAGAAGACUGGCAUAACACCUGUAACCUCUGUUCCCUACUCACAAAGAGACAAGCCUAGUAUUUUCUACCACCAGGCCUUGCCGGGUGGUCAGAUACCUGCAGAGGCUCCGAAAGUUUCAGCUGCUCCUGGACCAGCUGGCCAGAAGACUGGAAUACCACCUGUUACCUCUGAUCCAUACUCACAAAGAGACCAGCCUGGUGUUUUCUACCAACAUGCCUUGCCAGGUGGGCAGAUACCUGCAAAGAUUCAGAAAUUUUCAGCUAUUCCUGGAACAGAUGAGCAGAAGACUGGGUUACCAGCUAUAACGUUACCGUCUGACUUACAAAGAGACAAGCCUGGUAUUUUCUACCAGCAGGCCUUGCUAGGUGGUCAGAUACCUGCAGAGGAUUUGAAAGUUUCAGCUACUUCUGGACCAGCUGGCCAGAAGACUGGCAAACCACCUGUAACCUCUCCUUCCUACUCACCAAGAGAUGAGCCUGAUGUUUUCUACCAAAAGGCCUUACCCGGUGGUCAGAUAGCUGCAGAGACUCCAAAACUUUCAGCUGCUCCUGGACCAGCUGGCCAGAAGACUGGCAUACCACCUGUUACCUCUGUUCCCUACUCACAAAGAGACCAGCCUGGUGUUUUCUACCAACAUGCCUUGCCAGGUGGGCAGAUAUCUGCAGAGAUUCAGAAAUUUUCAGCUAUUCCUGGAAAAGAUGAGCAGAAGACUGGGUUACCAGCUGUAACGUUACCCUCUGAUUUACAAAGAGAGAAGCCUGAUAUUUUCUACCAGCAGGCCUUGCCAGGUGGUCAGAUAGCUGCUGAGGCUCUGAAAGUUUCAGCUGCUCCUGGACCAGCUGGCCAGAAGACUGGCAUACCACCUGUUACCUCUCCUUCCUACUCACCAAGAGAUGAACCUGAUGUUUUCUACCAAAAGGCCUUGCCGGGUGGUCAUAUACCUAUAGAGGCUCUGAAAGUUUCAGCUGCUCCUGGACCAGCUGACCAGAAGACUGGAAUAUCACCUGCAACCUCUGCUACCUACUCAGAAAGAGACCAGCCUGGUGUUUUCUCCCAGCAGGCCUUGCCAGGUGGUCAUAUAGCUGCAGAGGCUCUGAAAGUUUCAGCUGCUUGUGGACCAACUGGCCAGAAGACUGGCAUACCACCUGCAACCUCUCCUUCCUAUUCACCAAGAGAUAAGCCUGAUGUUUUUCACCAAAAGGCCUUGCUAGGUAGUCAGAUACCUGCAGAGGCUUUGAAAGUUUCAUCUGCUCCUGGACCAGCAGGCCAGAAGACUGGCAUACCACCUGCAACCUCUAUUAGUAUACCUACUAUAACUUCUCCUUCGUACUCGUAUAGAGGGGAUCCUGCUAUUAUUCUCUACCAACAAGAGUUGCCAGAGAGUCAUUUAGCUGAAGAGUUUCUUUCAUCUGCUCUUGGACCAGCUGACAAGAAGACUGGGAUAACCACAGUGUCCUCUGCUUCCUUCCCACAUGUAGAUAAAUCUUAUGCUUUCUAUCGUCAGGCCUUGCCAGAAAGUCAUGUAACUGAUCAAGCUCUGAAAGUGUCAACUUUUCCUAGGUCUGCUGACCAAAAGGUUGAAACUGCAGCAGUCCGCUCUACUUCCUACUCACACAGAGUGAAGCCUGGUACUUUUUACUGGCAAGAGUUACCAGAUGGUCAUGUAACUGAAGAGACUGUGAAAGUUUCAGCUAUUCCAGGACUAGCUGACCAGAAGACUCUGACAACAAAAGUAUACUCUAGUUCUUACCCUCAGAGAGAGAAGCCUGGUGUUAUUUACCAGCAGGCCUUGUCAGAUAGUUAUCCAACUAAAGAGCCUCUGAAAAUUUCAGCUAUUCCUGGAUCAGCUGACCAGAUGACUGGGAUACCAAUACUAACCUCUACUUUCUACUUGCAUAGAGAAAAACCUAUUAUUUUCUACCAACAGACCCUGCCAGAUAGUCAUCUACCUGAAGAGGCUCUCAAAGUUUCAGCUACUCCUGGAACAGACCAGAAGACUGGCAUACCAACCGUAAUCCCUCCUUCCUACUCACAAAGAGAUAAGCUUGAAAAGCCCAUUAUUUCUUACCAGCAGGAGUUGACAGAUAUUCCUGAAGAUACUUUGGAAGUUUUAGGGGAUCCUGAACCAGCUGACUAUAAGACUGGAAUACACACAAUAACCUCUACUCCCUAUUCACAGGGAGAACAGUCUAUCAUUUCUUUACAGCAGGAAUUGCCAGAUCUUACUCAGGUCACUUUGAAAACAGUAAAGGUUCCUGGACUUGCUGACCAGAAGACUGGAAUACAAACAGUAUCCUCUAGUUCUUACUCCAGUAGUUUUCAUAAGCAGGAGUUGCCAAAUAUUUCCAAAGAAGCUUUAGACGUUCUUGUUCUUCCUGAACCAGAUGACCCGAAGACUGGAAUAUCAACACUGCCUUUGAGUUACUACUCACAUAGAGAGAAGCCCAGUGUCUUCUCUCCACAGGAGUUGCCAGAGAGCCAUCUCACUGAAGAGGCUUCGAAAGUUUCAUCUGUUUCUGUUCCAGUAGAGCAGAGGGCUGGAACACCCUCUAUACCAUCGAGUUCCUACUCACAUCAAGAGAAACUCAAGGUUUCAACUGUGAAUCUACCGGACAACCAGAAGACAGAGUUACCAACAGUUACCCAUAGUUUCCAUUUACAGAGAGAGAAGCCCAGGAUUUCAACUGUGAUUGGACCAGAUGACCAGGAGACUCCAUUACUGACAGUUUUUCAUAGUUCCUAUUCUGAAAGAGUAAAACCUCAUGUUUUUUUCCAACAGCAGUUGCCAGAUAGAGAUCAAAGUGAAGAUAUUCUAAAGAUUUCAACUGUCCCUGAGCCAACUGAUGUAAAUACUGGGGCACCAAUAACUCUCUGUGGUUCUUAUUUACAGAAAGAAAAAUCUAAUAAUUUGUAUCUACGGGAAUUGCCAGACAGAUAUCAAACUGAAGAUGCACUAAAGGUUUUGACUGUUCCUGAACCAGCUGACCAGAAAACAGAGUUACCAACAGCUCCUCCUAGUUCCUUUUCAUACAGAGGAAAAUUGAAUAUUUUCUAUCAAAAGGAUUUGCCGUGUAGACAUCUAACUGAAGAUGAUCUGAAGGUCUCUAGUGGUCUUGGGCAAUCUGAUCAAAUUACUGGGUUAUCAAUAAUUUCCCCUGGUACUUAUUCACCUGAUGAAAAGGACAAACUUGUUUCAGAACAUGUCCAAAGACUAAUAGAUAAUUUGGAUUCUUUUGAUUCAAGUGCUUUCUCAAAACAUAUGCCAUUAAAUUCUCAAGCUGAUGAUGGACUUGUAAUAAUUAAGCCUGAAUCUAUAGGUUUUGAAGAUAAUGGUUCAGAGGAAAUCCAGGAUACAUAUAAUAGUUCCAAAACUCUUAAAGAAAUUCGGACACUUUUAAUGGAGGCAGAAAAUAUAGCACUGAAACGAUGCAAUUUUCCUGCUCCCCUUGUCCCUUUCAGAGAUGUUAGUGAUAUUUCAUUUAUACGAUCUAAGAAGGUGGUUUGCUUCAAAGAACCCCCCACAACUGAUGUAUCUGAUGGUGAUUUCCUUCGUAGACAGCCAUAUAUAGAGGAGGAAAGCCCAAGCAAUAGAAGCAUACAGAAAGAUAUUGGCACACAAACGAAUUUGAAAUGCCAGAGAGGCAUUGAAAAUUGGGAGUUUAUUAGAUCAACUACAAUUAGAAGUCCUCUACAGGAAGCAGAAAGCAAAGCUAGAAUGGCAUUAGGUGAAACUCUUAGGCAAUAUGAAGCAGCCAAAUCUGCAAUGAGGUCUGAACCUGAACGCUAUAGUAGAACCAUUGGGAACAAAAUUAUUAUCCCUAUGAUGACUAUGAUAAAAAGUGAUUCAAGUAGUGAUGUAAGUGAUGGACAUGGUUCCUGCUCAUGGGAGAGUAAUUUACCAGAGUCUUUGGAAUCAGUUUCUGAUGUUCUUCUCAACUUUUUUCCAUACACUUCACCGAAUCCAAGCAUAACAGAUAGCAGAGAGGAACAGGGUAUGUCAGAGAGUGACGAUGGUGGUAGUGUAGAUUCACUGGCUGCACGUGUGAAAAAUCUUCUGCAUUGUGAAUCCUCAUUAAAUCAUGCUAAACAAAUACUUAGAAAUGCAGAGGAAGAGGAGUGUCGGGUACGAGCACGAGCCUGGAAUCUGAAGUUUAACUUAGCACGUGAGUGUGGAUAUUCAAUUUCAGAAUUAAAUGAAGAUGACAGGAGGAAAGUAGAAGAAAUCAAGGCAGAAUUGUUUGGUCAUGGAAGAACAACUCAUGUAUCUGAGGGAUCACAGAGUCCACGGGGAAUAGGAUGCACACCUGAAGCUGUAUGUAGUCACAUUAUUAUUGAGAGCCAUGAAAAAGGAUGUUUCAGGACUCUUACUGCUGAACAACCACAACUGGAAGACCAUCCUUGUGUUUUUACAUCUGCUGAAUCCUCAGAAAUGAUCAGAGGACGACAGAGCCCAUCAUCGUGGAGAACCAGGCACAUCAAUUUUUCCAAAUCCCUAGACCAGAACAACCCCCAUUUGAAAGUUUGGAAUUCCUUGCAGUUACAAAGUCAUUCCCCACUUAUAUCUGAUGACUUCAAAAUUAGCAAGGGCCUUCGAAUGCCAUUCCGUGAGAAUAUGGACCCUUGGCUGUCAGAAUUAGUAGAAGUAGAACCUGCUUGUGUGCCACCUAAAGAAGUGGAAUUUCCUUCUUCAUCACAAAUACCGUCCCCAGAACCCAUGAAACAGUUUACUACCUCCAUCACUUUUUCAUCUCACCGACAUUCUCAAUGCAUUUCAGAUUCCUCUGUUUUUAAGGUUGGUGUUACUGAAGGUAGCCAGUAUACUGGAGCAUCUAUGGGGGUAUUUAAUUCUCAUAUCACUGAAGAGCAAAAUUCUCCUAGAGAUUUUAAACAGAAAACCUCUUCCCCUUCAUCAUAUAAAAUGCUUAGUCAUUCACCACAUAAAGCUGUGACCUUUUUAGCAGAAAAAGGUAGGCAAAACGAAAAAUUAUUUGUUGAUUUUGAGCCUUCUCAUCGAGAGGAAACACUCUUAGAAAGAUCAGAUUUUAAUGUCAGUCAUUCUGAGCCCAGUACCAGUGCAAAUUAUACAUUCAAGGAAAUUCAGUUUUCUGAUAACCAUACCCACAUUAGUAUGGGCAGACCAAGUUCCACACUAGGAAUAAAAGAGAAGAAUGUAACCAGAACUGCAGAUCUUCCUUCGCACAUUUUUCUUGAACAACGAGAACUCUUUGAAAAAAGCAAAGCCCCACAUGCAGAUCACCAUAUGAAAAAACACCAUUCUUGCCUUUGUCCAGACAUUCCUUCUUGCAUUUUUCUUGAACAGCAAGAACUCUUUAAACAAAGCAAUGCCCCACAUGUAGAUCAUGAGAUGAGAGAAAGCCAUUCUCUCUUUUCUCAGGGUCAGGAUUAUAUAGCUUCAGACCUUCCUUCUCCCAUUUGUCUUGAACAACAUCAAAGCAGACCCCUAGGUAUAGAUGACCACAUGAGAAAGCACCAUUUCCCCUUUUCUCAAGGUCAGGAUUGUGUAGUAGAAAAAAAUCAACAUACACCUAAAUCACACAUUACUAGUGUGAUAAAUGUUGAAGUCAAUUCAGUCUCCCAAUCUGCCCCUGAUCACUAUACAUUAGAAACAUCUGCAUCUACUCCACCUUCAAAUAGAAAAGCACUUUCAUGUGUUCGUAUAACUCUGUGCCCCAAGACUCCUUCCAAGUUGGAUAGUGGAACCUUAGAUAAAAGAUUUCAUUCUUUGGAUUCUGCUUCUAAAACAAGGAUGAAUAGUGAGUUUAACUCUGACCUACAAACUAUAUCUUCAAGAUCAUUGGAACCAACCUCCAAGUUAUUGACUAGUAAACCUAUAGCACAAAAUCAAGAAUCUUUAGGUUUUCUAGGACCUAAAUCACCACUGGACUUCCAAGUUGUACAGUCUCCUCUUCCAGAUAGUAAUACUAUUACUCAGGACUUGAAAGCCAUACCUUCUCAGAAUAGCCAGAUAGUAACCUCAAGGCAAAUACAAGUGAACAUUUCAGAUUUGGAAGGAUAUUCCAAACCAGAGGGGACUCCGGUAUCUGCAGAUCGUUCACCAGAACAGAGUAAGACCUCGUUAUUUGCCUCUGAAAAGUUAUCAUCUGAUGCGGUCACUCAGAUAACAACAGAAAGCCCAGAAAAGACCAUGUUUUCAUCUGAGAUUUUUAUUAAUGCUGAAGAUCAUGGAAGUAAAAUUCUAGAGCCACAUACUAAAAAUCCACUGAAAGGUCCUGUCAGGUUUGCUUCAUCAUCUUCAGUGCAACAAAUUACUACUUCUCGUGGCACAGAUGCCCAGCCUUUACUGUUGCCAUAUAAACCACCUGGUAGUUCGAAGAUGUACUAUGUUCCACAAUUAGAAACAGUUCCUUCAUUUCCAGAUUCCAAAUCUGAUACCACCAUUGAGAGUUCACAUUCAGGGUCCAAUGAUGCUAUUGCUCCAGAGUUUCCCGCUCAGGUGCUAGGCACAAGGGAUGAUGACCUCUCAGCCACUGUGAACAUUAAACAUAAGGAAGGGAUCUACAGUAAGAGGGCAGUACCUAAGGCACCCCUGUCACUGGGGAAAAAACCCUUUCAAAAAGAUAAUGCAGAGGUGCAAGUUCAAGUAGCCAUCACCACGGAUCAGAACCUCUCAAAUGAAAAGCAGAAAGAGGAGAACUUAAGUCAAAUGGUAUUAACUAAGACUGACUGGCCUGAAGAAGAAUCCUUGCAGAAAGAUACUGGAGGUUCCAGUGAUGCUACUGCUGCCAAGCACUUAAUUCAAGUACAAGAUACGAAGGCUGAAAACCUACCAGACAUGAAACCCACUGAACCCAUUUGUGGAUUCAACCAACAGAAAGAGGAAGUCUAUAUUGAUAGAACAGUUUCUAAGGAAGCCUGGACAGAAAAGAAAGAAUCCUUGCAGAUAGACAUUUCAGAGUCUGAAUGCCAUUCAGAAUUUGAAAAUACAACUCAUUCUGUCUUCAGGUCAGCCAAGUUUUAUUUUCAUCAUCCAGUGCACCUCCUAAGUGAUCAAGAUUUUUGCCAUGAAUCUUUGGGAAGGAGUGUUUUUAUGAGACAUUCUUGGAAAGAUUUCUUUCACCAUCAUUCAGACAAAAACAGAGAACACACUUGUCUUCCUCCUCCUUAUCAAAAUGUGGACAAGACUAAGAUAGAUUAUACCAGAAUAAAGAGCCUCAGCAUCAAUAUGAAUGUGGGAGACAAGGAAGUGAUACCUACUACUAAAAGUCAGGCCAAAGACCAUCUAAAAAGUAAUGGACAAACUAAUGAUCCAAAAAGGGAUCAUAAAGUCACCCCUGAGGUAACAACUUCGCAUACUGCAAGUUUAAAUGAACUCUGGAACAAGUACCAGGAACGACAGAGACAACAGAAACAGUCAGAUGUCAGUGACAGGAAAGAGCUGUCAUUGGUAGAACGGCUUGAUCGUUUGGCUAAACUUCUUCAGAGUCCUAUCACACAUUCUCUCCGGACCUCAGAAAGUGUACAAGAUGAUAACAGAAGGGAACGAUUUAAAGAAUGGAGUUAUAAACAGAAGCAGCAGAAAAGCAAGUUUCAGAAGCAGAAGCGUUAUAAAAGCGUAGAGAAAGGCCAUAGAAAUAUAUGUGAUCUUAAAAAAAGCAAGGUACUUUCUCCUCAUCAAACUGGGAGGUCCAAUCAAAUUAAGAUUGAACAGAUUAAAUUUGAUAAAUAUAUUCUGAGAAAACAGCCAGAUUUACAUUAUAUCAGCAACACUUCUUCAGAUUCUAGACCCUCAGAGGAAAGUGAACUGUUCACAGAUACUCCGACCAACAUUCUUUCCACCACCACUUCUCCUGUGGAAUCAGAUAUAUUGACCCAAACAGAUAGAGAGGUGACUUUGCAUGAAAGGAGUAGCUCUAUAUCCACCAUUGACACUGCCCGAUUGAUCCAGGCUUUUGGCCAUGAAAGAGUAUGUUUAUCACCCAGGCGAGUUAAAUUAUAUAGUAGCAUCACCAACCAACAGAGGAGAUACCUUGAGAAGCGGUGCAAGCACAAGAAAUCAUUGAAUACAGGCUAUCCCCAAAUGACUUCUGAGCACACCAGAAGGAGACACAUCCAGGUGGCAAAUCAUAUGAUUUCUUCUGACUCUGUUUCAUGUGCCAGUAGUUUCUUGAGCUUGAACUCUACCCUUUGCAACGAAGAAAAUGUGCACAUGUUAAACAAAGGCAUACAAGCAGGUAACUUGGAGAUUGUACAUGGUGAUGGAAAACACACUCGUGAUGUUGGGGUGACUUUCCCAACUCCAAGCUCUAGUGAGGCUAGAUUAGAAGAGGAUAGCGAUGUAACUUCUUGGUUAGAAGAAAAAGUUGAAGAGAAAAUACCUGUUACCAAUUAUCUUGGGGACAAAAAGUUAAAGAAGAACAAGAAGAACUCCUGUGAAGGAGUUUCAUGGUUUGUUCCUGUGGAAAAUGUGAAGUCUGGAUCUAAGAAGGAAAAUCUGCUGAAGAGUUGUGGUCCUGGUAUCUCCUGGUUUGAACCAAUAACCAAAACUAAACCCUGGAGAGAACCACUGCGGGAACAGAACUGGCAAGGACAACGCAUGGAGGGUUGGGGAUCACUGGCAGACCCAGGCAGAGAUUAUGGCCGAGGUCUACUGAAGCCAUUUGUGAAAGCAACCCUGCAGGAGGCACUUCAUUUUCACAGACCUGAUUUCAUCUCCCGCUCUGGGGAGCGGAUAAAGCGCCUGAAGUUAAUAGUCCAGGAAAGGAAGCUGCAGAACAUGUUCGAGAGUGAGCGAGAUGUGCUGUUCAAUACCAUUCAACCCCAACCUAGGAGAGUAUUCAUGGCUGCCCAGAAUAAGCCUAUUGGAAAGAAGGAAAUGAUCCAGAGGUCUAAACGGAUUUACCAGCAACUCCCAGAAGUACAGAAAAAGAAAGAAGAGGAGAAGAGGAAAUUGGAAUAUAAGUCCUAUCGGCUGCGAGCUCAGCUAUAUAAAACGAAAGUGACGAAUCGACUCUUGGGGAGAAAAGUUCCCUGGGACUGACAUAAGAUUAUUUUCCUCUGAGCCUUGGAAUUAUAUCUUAGGAACCUGAAGAAGUAUAAUCCUUGCUUUUAUGGGUCUGGUUUAAUAAAGCUUAUACUUUGUUUGUGUGUAACUUAGAAAUAGUAACUUCUCAAGACUGGGGCAGAGUAGCAGUUAGAAUGACAGAUGGUUUGGGAGCAAUCCUUUCUCCAUAGAUGCCUUGUCCACAGAGCUGUACAUUAUAAUGAUACUAUCUCUUAAAUUUUAGCCAAGAGUGAAUCCCUUUUUAUAUGUGUUUUUAUACUUUUAGAAAAUAAAUAACUUUGAUUGAUUUAUAGUAAAGCAAA